AUGGCGUCCGAACUCAAACUUCAAUAUCUUUCUACGCCAGGUGCUGCCCCCGAAGAUGCCAAAGACGAUACAGAGGCACCUGUAGUCAGCCUAGACUACGACCCUCCCUCAAGCGCACAGGAAUUUCCCGAAGGUGGUUGGACAGGUUGGGCCACUGCUUUUGGAUCGUUUCUUGUACAGUUCUGCGGCUACGGUUAUGCUAAUUCAUUCGGUGUCUAUGAAGGUAUUGCCAUCCAUGACAGUGACUAUAAAACGCCUUAUCUUCUAGAUUUCUAUUCCCAGCAUUACCUGACAAAAGAGACAUCAUCUGCAAUAUCAUGGAUCGGGAGCUUGAAUUUUUUUUUCCUCACCACUGUGGGCGUUGUAUCAGGCUCACUGUUUGACCGAGGUUAUUUCUACCAUCUCAUCAUUGCCGGAUCACUUCUGCAGAGUUUCUCUCUCUUCAUGUUGUCCUUGGCGAAGCCCGAUCAGUACUACCAGAUAUUCCUUGCUCAAGGUGUAGGCUCGGGUAUCGCGUCGGGGCUGAUGUUUGUCCCGAGCGCGACAGUCUUAGCGCAUCAUUUCCGACGAAAACGCACGGUGGUUAUGUCGGCUGUCGCUGCAGGUUCUUCGUUGGGUGCUACCGUCCAUCCGAUUAUGCUCAAUAAACUCCUGAAUGGUCCUACUGGCUUCUCCAAUGGUGUUCGUGCAAGUGCAGGGUUCAUCAGCGCUCUCCUUUUAAUUGCAUGUCUGUGCAUGCGAACUCGCCUUGAUCCGCCGAAGACACCAGUGGACUACAUUGUGGUAGCUAGAAAAUGUAUUCGCGAUGUACCGUUUAUCGUCAUGACAGCAGCGACCUGUAUUUUCCAGAUUGGCGUUUACUACCCGGUGUUCUACCUUCAACUCGACUCUAUCAAACACGGUAUCGGCGUUACCUUGUCAUUUUACUCUCUUGUGAUUUUAAAUGUGUCCAGUUCUGUAGGACGAGUCACGGCGGGGUUCAUCGCGACGUUCACAGGAACCCCACUCUUAACCAUAGCUGCGACGAUGAUGUGCGCUGCCCUCAAUUUUGGCAUGAUUGGAUUGAGUAAUUCGGCCACCGUCGUUGUGCUCGGUGUGCUUUAUGGCUUUUUUCAAGGGUUGUACGUCGCGAUGUUAGGUCCACUUAUGGUCUUUUUAACACCUGACCUCUCUGAGCUUGGCGCGCGGAUGGGCAUCGCUUUCUUCGUUACUGGAUUUGGCGUUUUGAUUGGACCCCCUAUAUCCGGCGCUCUGUUGACAUCAAACUAUACCUGGUGGAUUCCUGCACUGUUCUCCGGGAUCAUUUCAUUGGCUGGUGGCGUGUUGUAUAUUGUCACGCACUUAUUGUCGAAACGCAGAUUGAGGAAAAGUCAUAAUGCUUAA